UUUAUCCCUUAAUUGAAGUUUAAAGCCAUGGCCAGGACGAGAAGACGCACAGCAAAUGUUCGAUGGUUGGAUGUACCGAUUUCUUUGAAAGUACCCAGAAGUUUUAAAAUUCUAAAGAGGCCGGUGAAUUGUUGCGGGAAGACCGUCUAUUUGAUGACUAUGCUUUAGAAGAACAAGAAUCAGCAGAAAAACUGACUGAAGAACUCCAAUCUUUUGUUAGAAUUCAGAAAAUUAGGUUUGGAAAUUAAUUUAUUGGGUUGAUUAUUUGGUUUCCACAAUUUUUCGUUUAUUUCAAGUUUUGCUCCUUUUUAAAACUUUCUAAUUUAAAAAAUCCCCGUUAUCAAUGUUUAAAUCUCCGUUUAGUUGCUUCCCUUGAGUAUUGUGACUUGCAGGGUUUUUUUGAUGGCCCACACGAGUUUUCGGGUGGGAUUUUUCCCCGUUUUCCCCACACCCAAUUUUUCCCAUUUGAGUUUUCAUCUUUAUAUUUAUUCUUUUUCUUUCCGAAAUUGGGUCGAAUAAACCUCCCCUCUCUCUUAAAGAUUUACAAGCUUAAACUUUUACAAACACAAAUUCCAGACCUUUUUGUUUUUUAGAAUGUAUGGUUGAACUAGAAGACAACAUCAACUUGUUGAGCAAUAAAGAAGCAAUGGAAUUACAAAAGGAGCAGGCACAAAUAUCAAAAUUGGAUUUUGGGAAUGAAGAUGGAGAAGGAAAUCAUAGUUUUUUUAAAUUUUUUGUUUAAUUAAAUACAGUCGAAUUAAUAAUCGAGAUAUUGGAAAACCUUCGACAUUUUCUCAAAAAUGAAAAGAAAUUUGGAUUAAUCGUCAGACUUUUAAUUUUGACUGUAUCAGUUAUCCCGUUUUGUAUAGUGUCGUUUUGUGUUUCCCCAUCCUUCUCUUUAAAAGAAAAAGGAAAUGUUUUUUGAUAUUUUAAAGAUUGAAUAAGAAUGAAUCUAGUUCGAAUAAGAUAGAAUAUGAACUCAAUAUCGAACUCAGCACAUCCAAUUACAUUUUGGCAACCUUUAAAAUAACGAAAAGAACUGC